AACGGAGGAGAACGAGCUGACGACGCAUCAACACAGCCCGAAACAAAUCGAAAUGUUGCCAGACUAUUCAAGCCCAUGGUUUAUGCGUACAAUUUCAAUCGCAAUAUACGAACGCCAUUCAGUAGCAGCAUUAGUCAACGUUUAGCAUCAGCUGGCCAACACAAGAUUCAGCCAUUAGAAUUGGAUUUGUUAGUUGAUGAUGAUGAUUUCAUCGAUAAAAGCAAGCGAUACGAUGACUAUGGACACAUGCGAUUCGGUAAAAGAGGCGACGAUAAAUUCGAUGACUACGGCCAUAUGCGUUUUGGCAAACGAGGCGAGUAAAUUCGUCUGGUACACACACAAAUGAAAUCAACCUGAAAAUUGGCCAAAGAUAACCACUGAGCGCAUACUGAUGACGACAUAUCUUAAUUGGGUGAAGAUUUACGCGAUGGUUUUUAGAUGAUAUACACAUGGAGCACACAACGCAGCACAUUUAACUUGACGUUUCUUUUUCUGGAUUAAUGUGAUGUCGAAUUUCUGUACAUAUUUUAUUUCCAGCAUGAAUGAAUAA